AUUGUCCGGAACAGCAGUGGCAAUGACGACUAGCUGUCCGCUCCUUUCCACGGUCUUCCUCCACUCUCCUCUUUCCCCUCCAUUUUCUCGCCUCCCAAACAGAAUCUUCUCGGAUUUUCCCUCCCGAUCGUCCCCGUCCUUUCUCCCUCUCCACCUUAUUCGUUCCAAUCGCCGCUACCGAAUCUUCUCGAAGCUUCGGCCACACGACGCCGGCGACGGUUAUCCGCCGCCGCUCUCCGCCGGCGACUCGAUCCUCCUCCUUUGCCACUCGGAUUUUCCCUCCCGAUCGUCCCCGUCCUUUCUCCCUCUCCACCUUAUUCGUUCCAAUCGCCGCUACCGAAUCUUCUCGAAGCUUCGGCCACACGACGCCGGCGACGGUUAUCCGCCGCCGCUCUCCGCCGUCGACUCGAUCCUCCUCCUUUGCACCUCCGUCGCUCUGUCCUUCUCCCUCCUCUCCGCCCCUCCCGCCGACGCGUUCGUCGUCACGACGCCGCGGAAGCUUCAGUCCGAUGAGCUCGCUACUGUUCGCUUGUUCCAGGAGAACACUCCCUCCGUCGUCUACAUCACCAAUCUCGCCGUUAGGCAGGAUGCGUUCACUUUGGACGUGCUUGAGGUGCCACAGGGAUCUGGUUCAGGAUUCGUUUGGGAUAAGGAAGGUCACAUCGUUACCAAUUAUCAUGUCAUCCGCGGUGCUUCUGAUCUCAGAGUCACUCUUGCUGAUCAGUCAACAUACGAUGCAAAAGUUGUGGGAUUUGACCAAGACAAGGAUGUUGCUGUUUUGCGUAUCGAUGCACCCAAAGACAAGUUAAGACCAAUACCUGUCGGAAUCUCAGCAGACUUGCUUGUUGGUCAGAAAGUCUUUGCCAUCGGCAACCCUUUCGGACUGGAUCACACUCUUACCACUGGUGUUAUAAGUGGGUUACGAAGAGAAAUUAGUUCUGCUGCCACGGGUCGUCCAAUUCAAGAUGUGAUACAGACAGAUGCAGCCAUUAACCCUGGAAACAGCGGAGGACCGCUUCUAGAUAGUUCAGGAAACCUCAUCGGCAUUAACACCGCCAUAUAUUCUCCUUCCGGGGCAUCUUCUGGAGUAGGCUUUUCUAUCCCAGUUGAUACCGUUGGUGGAAUUGUCGAUCAGCUGGUGAAAUUUGGAAAAGUCACCAGACCGAUCUUAGGUAUCAAAUUUGCACCCGACCAAUCGGUUGAACAAUUGGGAGUGAGUGGUGUGCUUGUCUUGGACGCUCCUCCAAAUGGCCCUGCCGGCAAAGCAGGGCUUCAGCCUACCAAACGUGAUUCCUACGGGAGACUCAUUCUCGGAGACAUAAUCACGUCCGUGAACGGUAAGAAAGUCUCUAACGGGAGCGAUCUAUACCGGAUUCUUGAUCAGUGCCAAGUCGGCGACAAGGUGAUCGUUGAGGUUCUACGAGGCGAUCAGAAGGAGAAGAUCCCAGUAGUUCUCGAACCCAAGCCGGACGAGUCAUAGUUUGCACGUACAUUUUUUUUUGUACAUCUUAUUGUUGGGUAUUAGAUCGUGGAAUUGUGUACACAACCCAAUAUCUUUAGCUUUUGAGUUGGGAUGAUUUGUAUAUGCAACAACUGAUGUCUGGUUUCUCUUGGUUUUUGAGUUCCGGUUUAGAUUGUAUUAAGAGGACCGGGACUUGGAAAAGGAACCGGAGAAAACCGGACCGCAGAAGUUUGGUUUUGUCUAAACCCUUCUUUCCCAGCGUUAUCUCAUUGUGCUCUGUUCUGUC